AUGAAAUACUUUUCUCUUCUCUUCCCUGUUUUUUUGAUACUUCUCUUCCCCACAGUAUUUUCACAAGACAUAUUUACGUUUGUUCUGCAUUGUGAACAUGAAGAAAUAUGUGAUAAAUUGGAACGUGAAUUUGCAAAUGUUGGAAUAAUUAUUGCUUCCAAUUUAGUACUAAAUACUAAAAUUUUAGUGGAUGUUACUUAUGAACCUUUGGAUCCAGACGAUUUUGCUGAAACCGAAACAAAUCUAAUGAAAUUUGUUAGCCCAGGAGAUCAAGUUGAACGAUUAUACCCUACAGCAUUAUUAAAACAAUUAAAUACUGGUAUUGAUUUUGGAGACGCAGCAGAUAUUAUAAUGUCCAUUAAUUCUGUAAUUAAUUUUUGGUUUCCAAGUGAUGGUGGGGACAUUCAACCAGAUCAGUAUGAUGUUUUGGCGACAUCUCUGCACGAAAUGAUGCAUGGACUUGGAAUUACAACAACAUGGAGAUUUCCCCCAGAUAUCGAUACAUAUCUAACACCAAGGCUUAAUGGUGUUGAAAUUGGUAAAAUUAAGGAACCUGUAACAUUUGAAGGCUUUUACGAAAGCGUAUUUGAUAAAAAUCUAAUCUAUAUAAAUGUUGAUGAUCCUGAUGAUGAGAGACGAAUCACUGAAAUCGCUCAGGAUUUAAAUGGAUUUACUCCAAAGGGUACCGAAUUCCCUACCGUGGAUGCUUUAUUCGAUGCAUUUACUGCAUCAGACCAAGAAAAUAAUGCCGAACUUAUGUUAGAAUAUGCUACAACUGAAUUAUCAUUACAUUUUAUACUUCCUGAUGAACAAGAACCAGUUUUACUUCAUACUACCGAAGAAUUUGCAGCUGGAACCAGUAUUAGUCAUUUUGACCAAGGUGCUUAUGAAGAUACACCUGAUUUUUUAAUGAUACCAUCCCUGAGACAAGGGGUAUCACUUAAAACUCUUAUUCAAGAUACUGGAGAUAAUCCUGGAGGAGGUAUUGGACCAGAAUUGAGAUUGGUUUUGAAAACUUUAGGUUACACGGUAAACGAAAAUCCUCCAAUGGGAUCAACUAGUACACCUCAGAAGCGCAGAUUUACUCGCAGGAACAACCAAAGAAAACCGCUCAUUCACUUUUAA